AUUUUCUAAGAGUUAAAUGUUUACACUUAUGUGAAGGUAUAUACAGUUUUGGUAAUUCUUUUUUAUCAUGAAAAGUGAUAAGAAAGGAACCACUAAAGAAAAGAAAAAUGUUGAUAAAAGUGAUAAAAAAGGACCGACUAAAGAAAAGGAAAAUAAUGUUGAUAAAAAUGAUAAGAAAGGAGCGACUAAAGAAAAUGUUGAUAAAAAACAAGGUAGACUGUCUGAAGAUACUAUCAACUAUUUUAAGCGAGUUGAACAGGUCUUAUUAGAAAAUGCAUUUGAAGAUAAUGAUAAUAGAGAAACAUUUAUUAAAAAUGUUUCAUACCAAAUUGAGAAUGAUGGAAGUCAACUAGCACGUCACACUUUGACGAGUAAAGUUUUUGAACGAAUAAUUCCCAUAAUGACAAAUGAUCAAUUUAAAAUGGUUGUGAAUAUUUUCAAAGAUGACAUUGAGAAAUUAUGCACUGAUCGAUUUGCAAGUCACGUAGUUGAAACCCUUUGUUGGAGUAAUAAAGAUCGUUUAGAAGAUGCAGAAGUACAAUCAACAUUUUAUAAACUUUGUAAAUGUAUUCGAAAACUUACAAGUACUCUCAUAAGAGAUGUUUAUGGAAGUCAUGUAAUAAAUACAGUGGUUCAAAUAUGUGGUGGAGUUGUUGCACCAGAAGUCAUUACUCGUAGUAGAGCAUGUAGAGAAUCAAACAAAAAAGCUGCAGUUAACAAAAGAGAUCUUCAAGGUAACAAACACCAAGAAUUAAGUGUAUUUGAUGUACCUAAAGUUUUGAAGAAGUCAUUUACCUAUUUCUUCAAAGCUAUUACUGAGGAUGAUAAUUUUGGAGAGCUACUAUGUCAUCGCAUGGCCAGUCCUGUUUUACAAGUGUUGUUAUUAGUUACAAGCAAAACUAAUACAGAACAGUUGCAUAUACUUUCACAGCUAAUUGCCAGUCGUUCUCAGAUUUUUUCAUUGAAAAUAGAGGAUGAAGAAAGAGACAAGGAGGAAAUACAACAAAGCUUGCCAGUUGUUCCAACUGAUGAAGUUGGUAGUCACUUGUUAGAAGCAAUAGUCGAAACUGCAAAUGAAGAAUUUUUAGACAAAUUAGCAACAAAAUGUUUUAAUUAUAUUUUUGUAUCUUUAUGUAUUCAUCCUGUCGCAAACUAUAUUGCGCAGGCUUUCAUGAGGAAAGUUACCAAAAAAGAUCAGACAGAGCUCAUAAUUAAUAAGCUAAUAAAGUACAUAGAAGAUAUUUUAGCUGCAGGGCACAUGGGUUGUGUUGUAAAAGGAGCUGAAACAAUUUCUCGUUUAAAAAUGAUUGAAAAACAAAAACUUUUUAUUAAAUCAUUAUCAUCAGCACUUCAUAUUCCUAUGUGUGAAUCAGAAAAUUCAAAAUCAUUGGUGCAAUUAAUUCUAUCACUUAUAACAUAUGAUGUAUACUUUAAAACUGACAAUCUUACAACUGAUAAAGAUUCAAAAACAUCAGAAGAAAAACGUAAAUUGGUGAAAAGUGACAUUAAUUAUCAUGGUGCAUGUUUGUUGAAGCAGUGUCUCUCUUUCAAAAAAAGUAAACUCAUUGUUUCUAGUUUUAUGAGUCUUUCAUUUGAAGAACUAAUUUGCAUUGCCUGCCAUCCAAGCGGAAGUUUUGCUUUUGAGAGUUUUUUCCAAAAUGUUGACAUACCUAUUAAAAAAAAAAAUAACAUGGCUAAUACAAUGCUGUCGACUUUAGAUACUUUAGUAUGUGACAAGUUUGGAAGUCGUGUUUUUGAUAGCAUGAGGAAGUUUGUUGAUGAGGAAACUCGGAAGAAAUUGAUUGAUAAAUUGGAUAGAGGUUCAACAUACAUAAAGAAGAAUAUGUAUGGUAGAAUUUGUUUGUUCAAUACUGGCUUAAUGCAACCUAAAGUUGAUCCAUUAAUAGAGGCUAAAGAAAAAAAAAGGAAAAUAAUAAAAGAAAUUUUUGAAGUUAAUCAGACUGCACCAACACCUAAGAAAAGAACAAAAAUUGAUGAUCGAGCUCUAAAAUAUCAAGAACAAUUGAAGUCUCUUGGGAUAUCAUUUGGUAAUGAAACUCCAACUGCUGUUGUGAAGCCUGCAGCCUCUCCUGCUGAAGACAAUUCUCUAUCUUUUGUAAUAAAAGCAAUCGAAGCAACAGCAAAAAAAAAAUUAAAAAAUAAAAAAUAAUUUUUAAUAAUAUUUAUUAUGUUUAUAAUAUUUGUUAUAAUAAUUAAUAUAAUAUUAUUUAUAUGUA